AUGGAGGUGGUGGCCAGUAUAGAAGACCUCAUUGCGGAAAUUCUUGCGCGUGUACCAGCCAGACCUCUGGUCCGAUUCAAGUGUGUCUCCAAACACUGGCUCUCUCUUAUCUCCGACCCCAAAUUCUGUCACCGGCACACCCUCCAAAACCCCCGCUCCUCCGUCUCUGCUGUCUUUCCUAAAACAUCAUUCGGAUCCACUGCCUUAUCUUUCAUCCAUCUUGAUCAUGGCCGUCCUCGAAGUAACCAAAGUUCAGCCAAUUGCAAUCCUCUUAAAUUCGUUCCGAAUGAGAUCACGGUCAUCCAGUCCUGUAAUGGCCUCUUCUUAUGUUGUCCCAUGGGAACAAGUAGGUCAUCAUACUAUGUUCUCAAUCCCACUACCAACCAGUUUUCCACGCUAAUGCCUCAAGCUGGCGAAGCUGCUGCCACUACUUAUGGUCAAUCAUACGUACGCGACCUCACUCAGGCUUUGGCUUUUGACCCUUCCAGAUCACCUCAUUACAAGGUGCUCGUCUUUUGGAUUAUUCAUCGACAAGAUUAUUACAUAGAGAUAUAUUCGUCUGAGACUAAAAGUUGGAGACUUGUCACUUUCUCUAUGCCAUUACAUUUCAUUAUUUCUGAUGGAGGGGUAUACUGGAAUGGCGCAGUUCAUUGGCUAGGGUGGGAUAAAAACCUAUGGUACUAUCACAUAGAUGAUGAGCGUGUCGAACAUGUCGACUACAGGCAUUUGUCUGCAUGUCGACUACAGGCAUUUAUCACAUAG